AUGCUCCUCACAAUUCUCCACGUGUUGGCCGCAACCGGGGUGGCGUUUGCUGCUCAGCAGCAGCUGGUCAAGGUCACAAAUUUUGGGCCUAAUCCUACAGGCGUUGGAAUGUACGUAUACAAACCCAGUCGGCUUGCCAACCCUCCCCCUCUUCUCGUUGCUAUGCACUAUUGCGGUGGAUCUGGCCCAGGGUAUUUCUCUUACUCCAAGUACGCCGACAAAGCGGAUCAAUACGGCUUUAUCGUCAUCUAUCCAGAUGCCCCUCGUAGUCCACAGUGCUUUGAUGUCGCGAGUUCAGCAACGCUCACCCAUGAUGCUGGUGGUGACUCUCAAGGUAUUGCAUCCAUGGUCAAGUACGCCAUCAGCAACUAUGGCGUCGACGCAUCUCGUGUCUUUGCGAGCGGCACUUCUUCUGGUGGAAUGAUGACCAACGUCAUGAUUGGAUCCUACCCCGAGCUAUUCGCCGCCGCCUCGUCUUAUAGCGGUGUUCCAUUCGCCUGUUUCCCCACCAAGACCGAGACGGGUUGCGUCCAGGGUAACGUCGCGACUGUAGCCGCUUCGAAAUGGGGUGAUCUCGUGCGAGGUGCUGAGCCGGGUUACUCUGGACGGCGCCCAAAGAUGACUGUUUGGCACGGAACGACCGAUACGGUCGUGAACUAUGUCAAUUAUGACGAGCAAAUCAAGCAGUGGACAAAUGUCUUUGGUAUCAGUGCCACCGCGACGUCGACCUCUAACAAUAAUCCGCAAUCUAACUAUAUCAAGCGGGUGUAUGGAAACGGCGAGGUGAUUGGCUAUACGGCCACUGGCGUCGGGCACGUCGUGCCACUUCACGAGGACAUUGAACUAGCAUGGUAUGGAAUCACUGGACAGACGAACACUCAGACAAAUGGUCCAACAUCAUCUGGUCCAUCGUCCUCCACACCAGGAAGCACUUGGACGCCGCCACCCACGACCACGUCAUCGUCGCCCCGCGCUGGUCAGACGCUCUAUGGCCAGUGCGGAGGUCAAAAUUGGACUGGGCCUACCACUUGCUCGCAAGGGACGUGCAAGUACUCCAAUCCCUGGUACAGCCAGUGUUUGAACUAG